CACAUCCGCAUCCCACCUUCCUCGACUCCAGCAGCGCCAACCCCGGAACCACUCCCAUCAUCAUCAUCGUAGCCGCUCUUCAGCUCACCGACCCCCUUUCUCUCGUUACCAGCGAACCCGCCACCACCCUCCCACAUUAUGUUGUCCAGAAUACCCUCCAAGGCACGCGGCGGCAAGGCGAAGCUGGAGGAUGUCACCCGCCUCCUCGAUGAACUAAAAGCGGACCUUUCCGCAAAGAAACUGGCCCCGAAGCGGCGAAAGUCGUUAUUGGAAGAACUCAAAGUCCACGGUCGCGCUGUCGAGAGCGCCGACCCUAUAUUCACCAAACAUGGUCUGGAAACACUAUGCCACUAUGCUUUCGACGAGGCCGAUGCCCAGGUAUCGCAAGAGGCCCUUCGCUGCAUCGCAAAUGCUCUCCUACUCGAGCCCAAGACGCGCCAGAUCGUUGUGGAUUUAGGAUAUGCUCCCAAUGCAGCGGACAAGCUCAAGAGCGAGGACAUUGACGACGAAUUUCUUCUUUCGCGCGUUCUCUUCCUUAUGACCUACGAUACCAAUGCCGAUUACGAUGCCCUCGUACAAACAAACCAGCUCGCCGAGCACAUCAACCUUGCCAUGGCCCGCCACGCAAAGCGAUACUCAAAGUCCACCCGCCGCGCUUCUCAAAUGCACACGUCGCCCAUGGACCUCAUGGCCCUGUCCGAAACCCUCAAACUCCUCUUCAACAUCACUCAUUUCUACCCAGACCUCGCCGAGCACUUCUCCAAAUCCAUACCUCACAUCUUCAAGAUCUUGUACCGGCGCAAGAUUCCAAACCCACCGUUGCAAGCGCCAGUCAACUACCUGAUUAAUGCUCUCAUCAACCUGGACCUUGAGGAUAAGAAGGGUCAGCAACUCAAGUUUCUCGGCAUGAAUGCCGUCUUUCCCAAAAUCGACGCGAAAUGCAACGCCGAGCACCUCAUCAACAUCCUCGACAACGCCAUUGUUGCAUACUCGGAGCGCGAGCUCGACGACACCAUCGCACCCGUGCUUACCCUCAUUCGCCGUGUUUACGAGAUUGCACCAGACAGCGUGAAGAGAUACAUGGAGUGGCUGCUCCUCCCCACUGACGAAGAGCGCACACGGCCUCUCGGUCAAUCUGAUACGCUGUCCGCGCGCCUUCUCCGCCUUUCCACCUCCGCUAUGACGCCCUCCCUCCGCGGUUCCAUAUCUUCUAUGAUGUUCGAGCUCUCCGGGAAGGACGCGAGCAAGUUUGUGCAAAAUGUCGGAUACGGGUUUGCGUCUGGGUUCCUGCUCAGCAACAACAUCCAGAUGCCCGAAAACGCCAUGGAAGCUCACGCAACGGCAGAAACUGAUGGAAUUCCAGUGAACCCCAUCACUGGUCAACGACUGGACGCCGAGGAACCGAGCAGGGAAGAGCCCAUGACGGAAGAGGAGAAAGAGCGUGAAGCUGAGAGGCUGUUUGUUCUUUUCGAACGACUCAAAGCAACAGGUGUUGUCGACGUCCAAAACCCAGUCGAGGAGGCAUACCGAUCCGGUCGCAUCCAGGAGCUGCCAGAUGAUUCUUGA